UUUACUUGAGUAGAUGUGGAUUUUGGCUAUGUAUCUUUUACUCUCUUUUUUUACCGUUGAGAUUGUGAAGAAAAUCUGAAAACUGAAAGGAAAAUUUCAAACUUUCUUUGUUUUAGUUUGCUUGUCUGGGUUCUAUAUUUUCAAUCGCUAUCCAGUUCGAUAUCAUUUUUUGUUUUUUAUGAUUGAAUUAAGUUUGUCUUUUAUUUAUAGUAACUUAUAACUAACAAGCUAAUGAUUAUGUAGUGUACUGCCGUUUUGACUGCCAUUACUUGCAAACCGUAUUAUGAUAUUGAAUUUCCAGAUUUAGAAACUUGGGAUUUUAAUUAUUUUUGGGUUUAACUGAGAUGGGGAAAUCUCCAGCGAAAUGGAUCAAGACCUUGCUUCUUGGGAAGAAAUCUUCGAAAUCCAGUUUCUCAAAAGGAAAAGAUAAGCUGAAUUCUGCAAAUAAAGGUGAGGUUUUGGUUUCUUCCAAGGUAACUGUGUCUGACCUAUCAGCGGAUUCUCCAUCGAUUUCAGCACCUAUUCUAGUGAGCCGUGCUAGGAAUGUGGUGGACUCUGAGAAGGGUAUACCUGCCCAAUUGCCGAUUGAUGGGGAAAAUAUUCCAUCUCUAAAAAUGGAUGGAAAUAAUGCCACAACCGGUAAUUUUGGUAACCCAGAAAAUCCUGAUAGGAUUAGGCUUGACCCAGCUGCUGUGACAGUACAGGCUGCUUUCAGAGGUUAUCUGGCUCGCCGGGAAUUUCGAAUCCUCAAGGGCAUUAUAAGGCUGCAGGCAGUUAUUCGUGGUCACUUGGUUAGAAGACAAGCUGUUGCUACUUUAUGCUGUACAUGGGGAAUUGUUAAGUUGCAAGCACUAGCUCGUGGUCAAAAGGUCAGAUGUUCAGAUAUUGCCAUGGAAAUACAGGAAAAACAUCUAAGACUGCUUCAGAGUUUGAAAAGCUCAAAUUCUAUAGGAGCGAGCAUAUCUUCUACAGUGAAGAAUUUAUCAAGUAAUGUGUUUGUUCAGAAGCUUUUGGCCUCGUCACCUUCUGUAUUGCCUCUACAACUUCAGUAUGUUCCAGAGGAGCCUAACUCAUCCUGGCAAUGGCUUCAACGAUGGACAAGAUCACAAUUUUGGGAAUACCCCUCAAAACCAAUUAGGAGUGGAAAGACAAAGCUAAGUGUUCAGAAACUAUCCUUUGCAAAAGCUGUUAAUGGAUCUAGUCAUUCUACAUUGGAGUAUGAAAAAAAUAAACGAGGUCUGAGGAGAAUUUCUGUCAACUCAGCAGCAGAUUCAGUUCGGGAGCAUCCACAAAAUGAGCUCGAGAGGGUUAAGCGCAAUUUAAGAAAGCUUUCCAACUCUUCAAAGGAGGUUACUGAUAAGUCUGAGUUUGUUAAUGAGAAAACAAAGAAGACUCUGAAAAAAUAUUCUAGUUCUAAUGGCCCUGAUGUUUUAGAACAGGAAUCUGCUGAGAAGAUAAGAGAUGUGACUGCAACACUAUCAGAACUGUCAAUUCUUGAGGCAGAUCUGAAAUUUUCCUCAGAACAUGCUUCUCUUGGUGAGCCUAUUGUCUGUCCUGCAGUUGAUUUUCCACCGGCCAAAAACAAUGGUAAAAUUGAGCACAUGCCACUAACAGAGGAGUUAAACUCUAAGGAUGAGCAGGUCGGUGAUGAGAGCUCAAACACAAACCAAAGAAGAGCUUCUUUCCCAGCAAAAAUUGAUAAUCAGGCAAAUGGGUUAAAUCACAUGCCAAAAGUGCCCAGUUAUAUGGCACCAACUGAAUCUGCGAAAGCUAGACUUAGGGGUCCAGGGUCCCCAAGGUUUAUCCCCGAGGCUGUUGAGAAAAAUGGGUUAAACAGGCCGUAUUCUUUGCCAACUUCAACCACUAGUAAUACAGGUUCACAAUCCCCACAUACUCAAAGACAGGUUCGAGUAGCUGGCAAAGGUGCUAUCAUCAGUGACAAAUCUCAAUCAUCCUCUAAAGAUGCUAAUGAUAAGGUGGUCAGAGCCGAGUGGAGGAGGUAAUUCUUGCACAAGGAAUUGUUUCGAUGAAGUUUCCAUGGGUAAAUAUUUGUAGAUGUUACAGUUGUUUAUUUGGUUCGUUUGUGUUUGGACGUAAAAUUCUUUGGAUCCCCUGUUCACUCUUUUCUACCAUUUAAUAUCAUAGGAAUAGAGUGUGCCCAUCUGCAUAUCUGGCUUUCAGAGAUAUCCUAGUGUCAUAAAUCUAUCUAUCUAUUUAUCUAA